GCGCCCAGCCCAGGCUGUGCUUCCCCGGCCAGGCACUGCACGGCGGGCCGGCCGCCAGCAUGCAGGCCCCGCACAAGGAGCACCUGUACAAACUGCUGGUGAUCGGCGACCUCGGCGUGGGCAAGACCAGCAUCAUCAAGCGCUACGUGCACCAGAACUUUUCCUCGCAUUACCGAGCCACCAUAGGCGUGGACUUCGCGCUUAAAGUGCUUCACUGGGACCCGGAGACAGUAGUGCGCCUGCAGCUCUGGGACAUCGCAGGUCAAGAGAGAUUUGGAAACAUGACAAGAGUCUACUACCGAGAAGCUAUGGGUGCAUUUAUUGUCUUUGAUGUCACCAGACCAGCCACAUUUGAAGCAGUUGCAAAGUGGAAAAAUGAUUUGGACUCAAAGUUAACUCUCCCUAAUGGCAAACCAGUUUCUGUGGUUUUAUUGGCCAACAAAUGUGACCAGGGGAAGGAUGUGCUCAUGAACAAUGGCCUCAAGAUGGACCAGUUCUGCAAGGAGCAUGGUUUCGUAGGAUGGUUUGAAACAUCAGCAAAGGAAAAUAUAAACAUCGACGAAGCCUCCAGGUGCCUGGUGAAGCACAUACUUGCCAAUGAGUGUGAUCUAAUGGAGUCCAUAGAGCCGGACCUGGUGAAGCCCCAUCUCACUUCACCCAAGGCUGUCAGCUGCUCCAGCUGUGCCAAGUCCUAGUAGGCUCCUCUGCUGGCCUGUGAUGAAGAUAACCCUAUGAUCCCAUGAAUUGUGCCUCAAUUUUUACCAUUUUGGGUAAAUGUCAGGAUAGGGAAACAUAUGUGGCAAGCCAAAGAUCUCUGCCUGUAUCUUUUCUGUAAAAGAGAAAUAAUAAAUAUUUGUUUUAUGUUUGUUCGCCACCAUCAGCACAGUGUUUACAAGCUUUUUAAAUAUUUAGUCUGUUACAAAAUUGUGUUGAAUAGCUGAGCAAAAUGUUGCAGGGUCAGAAUCAGCCCUGGUAUUUGCUCCUUUAAAUCAGCAAAGGCCUCAGGACUUAAAGAGAAGGGGAUAAGAGCAAACUAGCUGUCAAGUUAAGCAUUGGUGUUUGCUUGCCCUGGUGUGUCUUUGUUCAGACUUCAAUACAUUCUGUGAUGGUCUGACAGGCCUAUUAAAUAGAAAUGGCAUUUUCUCCAGAGAUGACCUCCAUUCUUGGCAGACCUGGGAGUUGUCUAUGAUUUAGCUCUUCAGAGUCAUGUACACAGGCUUCCUGUGCUUUUGUUGUCUGCAUUGUCAUUUGCCGUGCCCUGGAUGUUGGUUUAACUGAAAACUUUAUGAAAAGACCUGCACUCUCUAUGUGCCUUUCUGUUAGCUUUCUCUGAAUCUGUGGGACUCUUCUGUACAUGUAAUAUAUAUAUAUUAUAUAUAUAUUUUUCAGAAGCAAAAAAUAAAACAUAAAAGAUGCUGUUUCCCUAUUUUUGGAAAGUGCUUUAAGUUUCUUAGUAUUGUGAACCCCCCACCCCCACCCUUUGGCAGUGAAACCAUGCUUCUCAAGAUGCAUUUCUAAAUUUUGUUUCAGAAAAGACAUGAGAAAUUGGUAUGAGUCUAUUCUAUUUACAUCUGCUAUUCAUAUCAGUAUUUAGGCCAAGAAAAUAAGUAGUAUGUAUACAUGUUUGGUUAAUCACAGAAAUAUAUCCUCAAUUAUCAAGAAGGUGUCAGACCAAUCAAUGUAAAAAGAAACAACUGAAACACUUAUGGUGUUGUCUUGCUUAUCACAAGGCUGUGGUGCUGAUAUUCUGCAAGUAGCUUGUAUUGUUUUCCUCUAAUAAUCAUAUCAGUGGAAUACACUCACAGCAGCCUUGUCUUUUGUAACAGAUAUUUUUCCUUACAUAUUCUUGACACUCACUGUUUCUAUAAGUACCAGCAACAUAGCUUCCUAUGUAAGUCUAUAUAAGCCCCCUAUUUGGACAUUCUCUGGCUCCUGGAGCAGCCAGUCUGCAAGUUAGGCCAGGAGUGCCAUGGAGUCAAUGUCUCCAGGAACAAAUCUCAGCCAAUGAUAGCAGAUGCUGGAAGAUAAAUACUCAGGGUUCCUUAUUGCUCAAAUUGAGCAAUUCUGAGGCAUGCUCUGUGGACUCUUAGAGGUCUUCAGUGGAAUUAAGUCCCUGGUUCCCACAAGGGUAAUCUUUCCACAUGUCUCACCCUUAAAUUUGCUUUCCAUCCUUUUAUCCCUUAUCUCCUUACUCUUUUACCUUGAUUCAUUUUCCAAAUAAAUGGCAUUAAGUCAAA